UGCUGGUGUUAUCUGCAUUAAACAUGGCGACCGUAGUGAGGUUGUCACGUCGAUUAUCUUUAUUCUCCCGGCAUUUUCGUGGUGUCACACGUUCUUACAAUUCGUGGCGAAGUGAUAGUGAAGUGAAACAAUGGAAAAAUAGCACCGGGUUAUUAGCAGCAGUAUCUAUCGUGCUCCUUGUUGGCUACAAAUGUUCAAAAUCCAAUGUCGUACACGCCAAAUCUCGUAAGCGAGAGGAUGAGGCUCAAAAGGCAGUUAAACUGACGAUGAGAGAAAGAAGGUUUAUAAAAUUUGCAUCAGUCGAAUAUGAUGGGCAACUGUAUAUGACACCGCAGGACUUCCUCGACAGCAUUAUCGAAGCAGAACCGAGACCGAGACUGAAGAGACGCGUGUUAGCUGACAAGGAGCUGGAAGUGAUGAGAAACAGCAUCCCUUCGCUACGCCAAGGAAACCCACAUAUGUUCAGAAACCUUCGGGACAAAGGAAUCAUUUCUUACACGGAGUAUUUGUUUCUCUUGUCCAUCCUGAUCAAACCGAAGUCAGGUUUUCACAUCGCGUUUAACAUGUUCGACACCGAUGGGAAUGGACGCGUGGACAAAACCGAGUUUCUUGUGAUCCGACGGUUACUCACUGUCAGUGGCAACUUGAAGAAUCGAGAACUCGACGAUGAAACGGAACGUGCAUUGAAUUCUAUAAUUACACCGAACCGAGAGGUCAAUUUCAAACGGAAACUUCGUAACAACCAUGAAGAGAUUAAGGAACAAGAGAUUGUCUCUAGAUCCUACAUGGAAAAAGUCUUUAGCCAUGCUUGGAGAGGUCGUCAUGGUACAGAAACUAAAGAAAAAUUGGACCUUUUAACCGAAAGACAAACAACCCCUGAAGAGAUUCAAGUUCAAUACAUCGAUGAUGAUCAGGGUUUGCAACGUCGACAUGCAGUAGAUACAUCUUUAAUGAUACACUUCUUUGGAAAAGACGGCAAUAACGAGCUGAAAUACGAAGACUUUAAACGUUUCAUGGAAAACUUACAACAGGAAGUUCUAGAACUUGAGUUUCACGAAUUUAGUAAAGGAAGAGAUACUAUUUCCGAGUUAGAUUUUGCCAAGAUUCUGUUAAGAUAUACUCAACUCGUUACUGACGAAUGCGAUAAGUACUUGGAUAGAAUACUACAGAAUCCAGAUCUUCAGACGGGUAUCGGAUUCGAAGAGUUCAGACGAUUCUAUCAAUUUUUAAAUAAUCUCGAUGAUUUUGCAAUCGCUAUGCGAAUGUAUACACUGGCUGAUCAUCCGAUAUCAAAAGAUGAAUUUCAACGAGCUGUGAAAAUAUGCACGGGAAGCAUACUUUCAAAUCAUAUUAUUGACACUGUAUUUGCACUUUUCGACGAUGACGGUGAUGGUCAAUUAUCUUAUCAAGAAUUUAUUGCAAUAAUGAAGGAUCGUCUUCGUAGAGGUUUUAAGUCUCAACAACGACACAAACGUUUCCAAGCAUUUACUUCCUGUGUGAAACAAGAAAUGAAGUCGCGUUAAUUAACAAUAAAUGUACCAAAAAAAAUGAAACUAGGAAUAAUUGCAUAAAGCAUCGUAAAGUGCCAUUUAGACUCCAUUGGUUUCUUUGAAGUCUUACAGAAAUUAUAUUUAAUCUCUAUUUCAUUAAUUUCAAUAUAACAACAGCACAAUUAUUAUAUAGAAAGAAUCUCUGUGCUUUUCCUAUGUACAUUUGUUUCGUUACCAUUUUAUAUUCAUGUGAUUACUAUGUUUUGGUUUCUACAAAGAACAUGGAUAAGCUAGUCCUAGCAUUUAUGCAUAAAUAUUACUAACUUGAUAAGUAUUCGUUGAAACUUAUUAUCUUAUUAAUGAGUGUUAUAUAUAAUGUAUUUAUUUUUAAAGUGAUAUUAAUAUGCCUGAGAUUUUAUAUACUUAAUUUAAACAGCUAUUUCAUUAUAAAAAAAAUCAUUAUUGACUUGUAAAUAUUGUUUUGAUAUUCUACAAUAAUAAAUGUAUUUUCUUUCCGUA